CGUUGAUUAGUUUUCGUUGGCACGGCUCCAGAAUAGCCUCAGGAUGGAGAUAUCAGUGGAAGAAUCAGAAUUUUGCGAGGAAACCAAUUUCGAGUCGCCAUGCCACAGUCCGACAAUGGAGAAGAAAACAUUCAACAUGGAUUUCCUGACCAUUAACGGGCAUUUUCUACCCAAAUCGGCGCAUUCGUCUGCGUGUUCAACGCGCAGCGUCAGUUUGGUCGGGAGUCCAGUUCAGUCGGAUGAUGAGGAAGAUAACGUCACAGUGAACGUCCAUAAGCUGGACCAAUCGAAGAAACACAUUUUCGAAUCAACGGGCCGGGCAACUCCGGUAUUCACCUGGAAUCCGCUGCCCACUGCUAACGGUAUCGUGUAUGCGAAGAACAAGGACAAUGAAGUGAAGUUUUCUAGGUUUGAGGAUGAUUCAUCCGAUACGGGAAGUUCCAACGUGAGUGAUGUCGAAGGUGACCACGGUGAAAAGAAAUCCAAGGAUUGCUACCCGAAUUGUGACGUCAAUGUUUGGCUACGGUCAUGCGAGCACGAAAUCGUAGAGCCCAUCGAAGGCGUAGUGAAAGGUGUUGUUCCGGAGUGGUUGAAUGGAAGUCUGCUUCGUAACGGUCCGGGAAGUCUGAAAGUUGGAGAGAUGACGUUUAACCACCUGUUCGAUAGCUCGGCCCUUCUGCACCGGUUCAACAUUGAGGGCGGAAAAGUCACGUAUCAGUGCCGGUUUUUGAAGUCGGAUACCUACAAGAAGAACAAAGCUGCCCAACGGAUUGUGGUUACUGAGUUCGGGACAAGCGCGGUGCCGGAUCCUUGCCACACUAUUUUUCACAAGAUUGCCGCCAUCUUCCGCAAACCGGGAGAGAACAAUUCGGACAACGCGAUGAUCUCCAUCUACCCGUUCGGUGACGAGUACUUCGCCUUCACCGAGAGCCCUGUCAUUCACAAGAUCGACCCGCAGACGUUGGGAACCGAAUCGAAGCUGAACGUCUCCGACUACGUGGGAAUAGUCAACCACACAUCCCACCCCCAUGUCAUGUCCGACGGUACCGUUUACAAUCUGGGCUGUUCGGUAACCAAAACAGGACCAGCUUAUACAAUCAUCUGUUUUCCGCAUGGUGAGAACAUGUUCGAAAAUGCCCGCAUCGUGGCGUCUGUACCGGCCCGUUGGAAGUUUCACCCCGGGUAUAUGCACACGUUUGGAAUCACGGAGAAUUUCUUCAUCGUGGUCGAGCAGCCUUUGAGUGUUUCCGUGCCGUCGAUGCUGGUAAGCCAAAUUAAGAACGAACCGAUGGCUUCAUCGUUGAAAUGGUUCGAAAAUCAACAGACCUACAUCUAUUUGUUGGAUCGCGAUAGCGGAGAACUGAAACACACCUACCAUGCCGAGUCAUUCUUCUACCUCCACAUCAUCAAUCAGUACGAAAAGGAUGGCCACGUGGUAUUGGAUAUAUGCUGCUACAAGGACCCUGCCAUGCUCAACUGUAUGUAUAUUGACACGAUGAAGAACAUGCAGCAGAACCCGGAUUACGCAAAGAUGUUCAGGGGUCGACCCUUGCGAUUCGUACUGCCACUGAACUACAAACAAGAUUUGAAGAGCUCUACGACGAGUAUUUUUUCCGCAGCUCGACCAUGGGCCUGCUUGAUCAAGAAACUCAGCAUAACCGACUUCAGUGAAAAGAAGCUUAACAGCGAAGAAAACUGUAGAGAUCUCACCCUGAAGAAUCUAAUCACGCUGAACAACACCAAGGCAGCGGCAUACGUCAUGCCCGACGCUACCAUAUUCUGUAAACCGGAGUUGUUGUGCGACCUUGGCUGUGAAACGCCACGAAUCUAUUACGAGGAACACCUAGGUCGCGACUAUCAAUACUUCUAUGCCAUCAGUUCAGACGUAGAUGCAAACAAUCCUGGCACUCUGAUUAAAGUGGACGUCACAAACAAGUCUCGGCUGACGUGGUGUGAGGAGAAUGUUUAUCCGAGCGAACCCAUCUUUGUGCCAAGCUCCAACCCACAGUCAGAGGACGAUGGCGUAGUCCUGGCGGCAAUGGUUUGGGGCCGCGAAGAGGAAAAUCGAGUCGGAUUGCUAAUUUUGGACGCCAAAACAUUCACCGAGAUUGCACGAAGUGAGUUCACGACACCGGGACCGGUGCCCAAAUGUCUGCACGGGUGGUUUCAAUCGUCACCAAAAUGAGCUGAUUAACAACGCACUCAUGGGUCAAAUAGUGUGAACACGGCGAAUAAACCAAUAAAUCGAUUUUCCCUUUCAGCUCGUGAUUUAUUGCAGACAAAUGUGCUCAAUUAUGCAUGCAGGCAUUAUCACCUAGCAUGAUGAGUAUAUUUGGAAUUGCUGUAUUGA